AUGACAGUGGCCGAAUAUGAAGCCAAAUUCACAGAACUAGCCAAAUUUGUUCCGAAAUUGGUAGAGGAUGAGCAAGACCGGGUGCACAAGUUUGAGAUGGGAUUAAAGACUGAAAUUAGGAAGCAAGUGGUACCCUAUGAGUUGACUACCUAUGCAGCUGUGGUGAAUAAAGCUUUAAUCAUUGAAAGGGAAGUCAACGAAGCUUUUGCUGAAAGAGAAAGAAACCAAAAGAAAAGAAACAGACCUGCUGAAUUUAAAGGGGGAAACAAGAAUUUCAGGAAUCCAGCUCAGAAGCCAAAUAAAGAUAGAAAUCUCAAAAAUGAGAGUGGGAAGUGUUCAAGAUGUGGCGGUAAUCAUGAAUUUGCAAAUUGUCCCUGGGUUACAGAUUGCCCACAAAGAAAUGAGAUUAAAUCUACGCGGGCAAUGGAAGGAAGCCAGAGGCCAAAGACUCAAGGAAGGGUGUUCGCACUUACACAACAGGAUGCACAAGCUUCUAAUGCAGUGGUGACAGGUACUAUUCCUGUAUCCAAUAUUUAUGCUUAUGUCUUAUUUGAUCCUGGUGCCACACAUUCAUUUAUCCGCAAACUUUGUCAAAGUACAUGA